CGUUAGCCAGUUAGCUGUAGGCUGAAAGCUAGCGAUGACUGUGUCGAAAACUCCUAAAAAUGUGAGCGUAUUUUCUUAAGGGUCUUCUACGGUGUUUUAUUGUCAUUUUGACAAACGCUUACCCCACUUUACAUCAUCCCCCGAACUUUUCUCCUGCAGACUUCAGGAGAUUCAGUGUUGUCAUACAACAAUGUCACAUCUGGGAACUCUGUGGACUUCAGGAUUUGACACACCAUGAUGUGUGCACGCCCUGACAUCACCCCCAACUGAAGGAAACACGAGCCCCUUCUGACUGCAUGAUAUCACCUCUGUGAAAUGUUGUGACAGAAAAAUGAGCCACCACUGGAUAAAGGUUUCAUUCCAUGGCUGGGCCAUGCUCUUGAGUUUGGAAAAGAUGCUGCAAAGUUUUUGACCCGGAUGAAGGACAAACAUGGGGACAUCUUUACAGUCCGUGUUGCUGGUCUUUAUGUGACGGUGCUGAUGGACCCAAACUCUUUCGAUGCUGUGCUGAACGACACCGUCUGUUUGGACUUUGCUCGCAGCAAAAAACUGCUCCUACAAAGGAUCUUCUGCCUGCAGCUGCCAAGCAUCAAACCUACAGCAGAGAGGAAAUGGAUGGAACAGCAUUUUCAAGGCCUCAGCCUCUCCAAGCUCAACAGCUCCAUGAACACUCACCUUCAGAGGCUGCUGCUUAGUAACCAGAAAGGCUGCAGUCCUUCACAGUGGACACAGGAUGGACUCUUUAGUCUUUGUUACAGUCUACUCUUCAGGGCUGGAUAUCUGACUUUGUUUGGGAGGGGAGACAAUGCUCCUGAAGUUUACAAAGAGUUUCGCAGGUUUGAUGAACUUCUCACAAAACUGGCCCGUUGCUCGCUCAAACGAGCGGAGAGAAAAACAGCCCAUUUGUCUCGGGAGCAACUGUGGGAACUCCUCUCUCCAGAUCGUCUAAGUGGCAGGUCGGAGUCAGACUCCUGGCAGCAGAGCUACCAUCACUUCCUGCAAGAGGAAGGAGUAGAUGCAGAAAUGCAGAAAAGGGCUUUCCUCCUGCAGCUGUGGACCACACAGUGUAAUGCCGGACCUGCAGCCUUUUGGCUCCUUGGCUUCCUGCUCACUCACCCUGAGGCCAUGAAGGCUGUUAAAUCUGAAAUCAGGGCCCUUACCCUACAGCACCCCCUCAUCAACCUGCUGGAUGCACACAGCACACCUGUGCUUGAUAGCGCUCUGAGUGAGACCCUGCGGCUCACAGCGGCUGUGAUGAUCAGCAGAGAGGUGGUGCAGGACAAGAUCCUGCACAUGGCCAGUGGACAGGAGUACCACCUAAGACGAGGGGACAAAGUUUGUCUUUUUCCUUUCCUCAGCCCUCAGAAUGACCCACAGAUACACCAGCAGCCACAGAUUUUUAAGUAUGACCGCUUCUUAAAUGAUGACAUGACAGUGAAGGACAAAUUCUACAAAGAUGGUAAAAGGCUGAAGUAUCACACCAUGCCCUGGGGUGCAGGGAGAAACGUCUGUGUUGGGAAGGAAUUUGCUAUUACAGCCAUUAAACAAUUUGUAUUCUUGUUCCUGACUCAUCUCGAUUUGGAGUUGUGUGACCCAGAGGCUAAACUGCCUCCAGUGAACACCAGCCGCUAUGGCUUUGGGAUGCUGCAGCCAGACGGAGAUCUGCAGAUCAGAUACAGACUGAAGAAGACACAGCAUGAAAUGUGAUUUGAUAAACUGUAAAUUAUCUUGAGUUAUGAAUCUUGUUUUUAUUUACUGAAGUAAUAUUUAUUCAAUUUUAUGUUUCUUUUGUACAUUUGUAACAUAUUUAACUUUGCUGUUGCCCAUAAUUAUUUUCAUUAAAAAGAACUUUGCAAACCUGAAA